AUGGCGGACAAAGACGGGCGAAAUUUUCGCACCCUUUACUAUGACACUUUGGGGCUUCGAAACGUAGAGCAGAGAAAAGCACUGGAAAUUUUACUGAAGGAUGAUCCCAUAGGUGAUUAAAUAUUCUCUGAGAUCAAUGAUGUUUUUAAGAAACCAAGGCUAUGUACGUCCCUUGAUUCAGCUUAAUAUUGUCUAGCUCGUUUCAGACUAGCCUGCUGAAACGCCUGGAACAGGGUACUUUUUGUCUUUUAAUUUUUGCAGACGUGAAGCGAAUUUCGACGUUUAGUACACGGUUUAGCUUGCCCGCUAUAUACAGAACUCACGUGUGGAAAGUAAUUUUAGGUAAGCGAGUUGCUUUACUGGCCUUGGUUUACGAAGCCUUAUAAGUUACAGUCAAACCGGGAAAACCGUGAGCGCCAGAAAUAUUUCUGGAAUGUUAUUGUCUUGCAAGAGAAAAGCCAAUCAGGCAUGAGAAAACUAAACUGCAAGCAAGGCCGUUAAUUAGUCUGUCCUGAUCUUUGCUGUGAUUGGUCAUAACACAGUAAACAUUCCUGAGAUAUUUCAAGUGUUCACGUUUUUCCCAGUCACACUGUAAAUGGUCAUGCUGGACUCAAAUUCAUGCUUCAUUAAAAAAGGCUGCCCCAAUCUAAGCAAAUACGUAUGCAAGAUUUAGCAGAAUGUAGCAGUUGAAUAUUAAAACUGGUGUGUUCUUAAUUUCAGUAUCAGGAUGUUAUGAGAUGCUUUUCUGCACAGCCAGUUGGUGGGGUUUUUAAAUAUGGUUGUUUCCCCUACGAGUCUUUUCACCAACGUCCUGUUUGCUAACGUGUUAAAUCAUUUCGCUUACGUGUUAGCAGGGUUGUCAGAAAGUUUUGAAGUAGACCGCUGAGUUGUCAAAGUAAGCGGCCAAUCCAGGGAUAUUUUAUUUUAAAAACGCCAUCUGUAAAGAAAUGCCAAGCAGAGUAGCCGGCCGAUACUAACUAAGUAGGCGGCCAUUUUUGUCGGCAGUCGGCCACUUUUGACAACCCUGGUGUUAGGUCUAAAGGCCUGUUUCAAACGUCGUGCUACUGCUAUGCUAAGCUGGCUCGACUGUAGCUCGACUACAGUACAACACUAGCACGACUCGGUUUAAGUCAAAUAGAACGACUGUUGACGAAAUCAAAACGCAAAAAUAAAGAAACGGUUCAGCAAACUUUUAAAUGUAUUCUAAUGUAUUUAUAACUUAUGAAUUGAGUUCGGGACGGCUGUAGCACGAUGUUUGAAACCAAGUCGAGCCACUGCCAUGUAGCACAACAAGGCUUGCCAUGCUACACGGCAGUAGCAUGACCUUGGUUUCAAAUGUUGUGCUACUGCCUUGCUAAAGUCAAAUUUAAUUUGAUCAAUUGAGUUAGGCACAGCAGUAGCACGACGUUUGAAAUGGGCCAUAGUUCCCUACCUGCUUUUGCCUGAUCAGUGGCUAAACGAAUGAGGUAUAUACAUGUACAUGCUUAUCUCACUAACUCUUUUUCAUAUCAUGGCUGAGACAACAAGGUAUAUACAUGCGCAGUGCUCGUUUCAUUUCUUAAGCAGAACAACAUAAGACGUUAACGAACACGAUGUUAGCUUAACAACUCAUAGGCAGAACAACAAGUCACCAAUGAAGGAUUCUGACACCAAGCUUAAGAACUUUCAUGUGAAUCAAUGAAGAGAGAACUCUGCUUUUCUCACACAAAUACUGAAUUAUCAAAACACUCUUAUCAGUGGCCAAUCCAGGGGACAGCCCCGGGCCUCCCCAGUAUUUUUAGACUAAACUGAGGCUCGAAGGGCCGAAAAAAAUUUUUUUUGAGAUUGCCCCGCCCACUUAUCUCAGGGUCUGGGUGACCAUCCCCACCCCUUGCCCCCUUAUCUGUAGGUCUGAAUCUGCCACUACUUAUGAUUUAAAGUUAAGUGGUACAUGAUACAGUGUUAUUUUUGUGAAAAACAGGUGUCAUUCCUCCCUAUCGUGAUGCACACCAGUUUGUCAUUCAGCAGCGUCGUGAACAUGUUAAUGACCUCAAGCAUGCCUUGAUAGUCAUGAGAAAGAUAUCUGAUGAAGAUGAGCUUUCCCUCCAGUUAUCCAUGAUGUACCUGUUAGAGGAAGGAGCCUUGAGGUUCGUCAACCUACCCAAGGUAACCAUGUUCAUUAAACUUAGGAAGCUACUAGUGAUGGAUUGGGAAGGUUUCUUGGGAUCAUUUUAUGUUUCUGGGAAACUGCCCGCCUACCCCUCCCCUAAGCCAACAUAACUACUUACUUCUCACUUAGAGCAAAAUGUUGGCUUAGGGGAGGGGUAGGUGGGCAGUUUCCCAGAAACGUAUAAUGAUCCAUUACUUGAGAUGGAAUCCUUGGCUUAGUAUGAACAUUUUCUUUAAGAAUAACAAAGAAAUUUCUGCUCAUCAGUCAUUAUUUUAUAAAGAAAAUGCAAAGACCCCCGCUCUCACCACUGUGCUAGUCAAAUGCAUUGAUGAUGGGUAGCAAUCUGGGGUAAUGGGGUGAGAAAUUCUUUGGGAGUGUCAUAUGUUGCAAGAUGCAUUUCCGUGAUAUUAGUACCAUCGAAAUGGCAUUGAAAGAUCUACACAAGAGAGCAUUCAAUCCAGUCCUGCUGGUUUAAUUACCAACAAGUCUAAAUUACAAUAAUUAGUAGAAAGAUGAAACUCAUCGUUACACAAACUUUGGACAGACAAAAAGCUCUUGACUCCUAAAUAGGAACUUGAAGUUAUGACCUGCUAAAAACUGGCCGGGACCCUAUCAACUGUUUAGAAUGUCAUCUGGCUUUGAAUCCUAUGAGGGAUUCAGGUUAUUUUCAUUGUUACACACUUGUGCCAAGACAAUGUUGAUAACUUACCGUAAAAUUCCGAAAAUAAUCCCCUCCAUGUAUAAUCCCCUCAAACCGGAAACGCAAAAAACCCUCCAUUAAAUUGCCCCUCCAAAUAUAAGCCCCCCAGGGGCUUGUACUUGGAAAGUUGCCCUCAAAUACAGAGUAAAACAAAGCAAAAACAGUAAAUUUAUUUCCAACUAUAAGCCUAGCUUAAUCGAUUUUGAAAUGCAAAUUUCUCUCCGUAGAUAAGCCCUUCCAAAUGUAAGCCCCUCAAAAAAUAAUCCCCUCAAAAAGGACCUUUGAAAAAUAUAAGCCCCGGGGAUUAAUUUUCGAAAUUUUACGGUAUUUUUCUCAUACUGCUACUGUUUUGUCCCCACUGCAGGCAAAGACUGCACUAUAUUGGAGAGCAAGAAAACCACUGAAAAAAAAAAAACAAAAAAAGGAAAAUACCUUUUCAAUUAAUAUUGUAAACUCUUUGUUUGUCUUGUUUCAGUGCAUUUCUCACACUCCAGCGUGCAUUCUUUGUACCAGUGACUGAAUGGCUGCAAUGACCUUACAGGCUGAUAGAUGUGUACCAUGUGACCAUGCUUUCACUUAACUUGUCAUUAACUGUUCAUUACUUCUGCACAAAAAUUGGUAGUUUCACCUGAGGAAUAUCCAUAAAAAUUGUCUUGAAAUUGUUUUUAUGUGCUCAUUUUCCAUUUUUUGAAAUUCUUUACUUUAAUUCUUUAGUUUACUUAAUGUUACUAACUCUACUUCAUAUAGAAACUUGAAAGGAAAGCAGAGGCCAUGAGAGCUGUGGUGCAGGUCUUCAUGGAUAUGUUUGAUGAUGAGGUUGAUCUUUACUGGUUGUCUGUCAAAUUUAUGAAAUGUCUGGACCAAUCAGCUGCCCAAUUAGAUAAACUGGUAACAUUUUAAGUACUGAGUAAUGCUCAUUAUUCCACUUCCAUUAAGUUUUUAGGGCAAUGUUUGUCAGUGAGUAAGUUCUUAACUGGGGCUUAGGGGUAUGAGGAAAGUGAGAAAGUUCUCAGGUGGGGAAGACCUUCCAUCCCGUGCCUCAUACCCAGACGUCUCUGUCUCAAUGAAAAUGUUAGCCUGCGAAAACAUCCGUUUCUCUUCGCUCUUCACUGCUGGGAACAUUUCGCGUGGAAGAAUGUCUGCGACUCAGCGGCAGAAAUUCCAUACUAAUGAUGCAAAUCAAUGUUUACAUAAUAAAUCUGGUAAUCAUGGGGUUCCAAAUACAAAUUUGUCCAAUUUUACAUGUCCUCUGGUCGAUUUUGGUGAAGUGUUGUGUUCGUCUGCCAACGAGCUCCAGCAAAACUCAAACACUUUUUCUAGAGAAGAGUUUAUUCCGCAAAUAUUGAGUGUUUUGCUCGAGAUUCUUUGCGUUUACAUUUGUCCUUUGUGGCCUUUUGUCUUUUGUCUGUCAUUCGUAAACAACAGCUAAAACAAUGUAACUACUCCGUCGACCAAUCACCGCUUCUGACUGGAUUCUGGGCAGAUUUUACGUCAUCAGUAUGGAAUGUCUGUCGCUGAGUCGCAGACGUUCCUCCUCGCGAAACAUCCCCAGUGGCAAAAAGUGAGGAGAAACGGAUGUUUUCGCAGGCUAUGAAAAUUUGUGCACAAAGGAAGGCAGGAAGGAGAAAACAUGUGAGACAUUGCUUCCCUUCUUUACCCUUCCCAUUGUCUGUUGCACUUCUUCACCAGUCACUCGCGUUUUGUGCUGGCCUCUAUGCGAAACCAUGUGAAAAAUGAAGUGCCUGAGGAGGAGGCAGCUCCUACCCCCAUGCGUUGAGAGCUUGCUUGCAUGUUAGCCACUAGCCUAACAUCUGUAUUUUGUGGCUUAAAAUAAAACUUAUUCAGAGGCAAUGUAAGGACAGACUUGAAAACGGAAAUCUUUCAGCAGGCAUGUAGCUUAAAUUUAUAACACACAGAAAAUGGCAUUUGGUGGGCCGGUAAUAUGAGAAGAAAACAGUUGCCUUUUUAAAGACUGCAAUUUUUUAUCAGCCAGAAAAAAUAUGUUGAGAGGCGGGUAUUUUCCCCGGCUCCCGGUUAUCAUCUACAUCCCUGCUUCGGUUGCUUGUCAUUUUGUCCAGUCACCUGAGUUGUUAUUUUGCCAAAAAUGUAUUUAGAAUCCUUGAAAUCAAUUUUAAUGUUGUAGGUCAAAAUAUUGAUUUAAGUCAACACGGUUUCAACAUAGGUUGAUUUUCAAUAUUUCCUUUGACUCUUAGUUCUAAUUAAUCAUGAUCAUGAAUAAUUAUGGGUUUAAUUAGUAAAGGAAGGUAGGUUUGACCUGAAUUUCAUUUUGAUUAGCAACAGACAACACAAACAUUCCAAACAUAUAAAUAGUAAUGACAUUCCCAUACUUGUGUAUUUGUUAUCCAGGGUUUGUAUGGGCAUGAAAAUCCUUUCCAUGCCUGGAAAGUCUUGGAAAAAUAAAUUUAUGUUUGGUAUACUAUUUACUGCAGUUGUCAAAGCAAGGACAAAGAUAGAGACAAGUAAUUGGACAGUACAACAACAUUUUGGUGGACACCAGAGUUUGUGUCUGUUGCAUUGAAUUAGGUCAAAAAAUAUUGUGCAUUGUAAAACAACGAAAGUUUCGAAAACUUUUGAAAGUGGCAGCGUGAAAAUUGAUAAGCUCAAAAGAGUAUGAACCCUGGUUAUCAAUAUUCAAACUACAGUACACAACUGCAAGGGUUUUUAUUUUGCCAGGACUAAAGAUACCUGUCAUCUGUGGUAACAAGAUGAUUUUAUGCAGGUGUGCAGAAAGCUAAUGUGGCUUGACUUUUAUUGUAGCUGCACAUGUAUAUCAACUUGAAACAUCUACCUAACACUGCUAUUUGAAAUUUUGCAGGCAAAGUUGAUUCAGUAUUAUCUUCGGACUGAGGAUUUACAACUUUACAAGCAUCUCUUCAAUAUUGAAGCAUUUGAGAUCAUACCUCUUAAAAGGUUACAUUGAAUUGAUUUUGUGUUACGUGCAUAAACAGUAUUCUUAUGUCUAGAGGAAAAACCUUAUUGCGCACGAUUGAACAUAAUUUGAUCAUCGACUGUCAGAAGAAAAACAAGCUCUACUUAAACCCAACUAUCCUAUUUAAAGAAUACAGCUUAUUUUAGGACUACCUCUACAAUGGGCAUGCCUAUGCACUAUCAUGUUUCACAUCCUAGCCAUCAACUUACCUUCGUUGUGCUAUGACAAUGUUAAACAUAUUUUGUGUGUUAGAAAUAUUAUUCCUAGAGGAGGGAUACUCCCUUAUAUGUAUUUGGGGCACUAAAGUGUAUGUUAUUUUGCCUGCUUUGGUCCGAGAUUGUGUAUAGUUUUUUCGCCAUUUAAGUUUGGAUGAAAUAGGAUAAUGUUUCUUCUGUUUUUGGAACCAGGGUCUGGAAUUAGGUAUUCCUCUUAUUUUUCCUCAUUACAACAGCAGUUUAGUCCGGAAAUAGGGAGGAAAUUUACGUAUUAAUUUGGUCUGAAACUGGUUUUAAUAGCCUGCGAAAACAGCCCUUUCUACUUGCUCCUCGUUGCUUGGGACGUUUUGCUGUCGAAUAUCCCAAGCGGCAAGGAGCAAGGAAAAACGACUGUUUUUUACAAAAGAAGGUUACAAAGUUCAGUUGCCGAAUGUAAAGUGGAAUAAUUAAGAGACCCAUAACAAAAUAUACUAAGGACGUUUGCUCAUCCUAGAUGGACUGUCGUGUCCAUUAUAAAUUGAAGUAGUUGUUACUGGAUCCGAGUGGACGGUCCAGUUUUAAAGUAAUUUUGUCACCACAUGAUUGUGUUCUAGAUAAGACUUGUCCAUUAUUGCACAUACCGGUAAUGGUGUUGAUAAAUGUAUCUUGUUCUAAUGGUCAAUUUUAGGCCAGUUUAAUGUUUAAUAGUAAAAUAAGCCUGUUGUACUACAGCGUCUUUCAUUGUACCCUAUAUUCUGUCUAACUUAUUUCAAGGUGGUUUGAAAGUGGUUUUGCUGAAGAUAUUCCUGAUUCAUGCAUGGAAAGGUCAGUCAGAAUAUGUGAAAAAAGAAACGUUAACUCUUUCCAGGACUACCUUAAUUAUAUAGGCUACAAAGUAUACUUUAUAUUCAGUUAGGGUAAAUUUUUGAAUUAGCGCCCGCAUGAUUUAGCAACAGGACGGGAACGUCAGUUGACGACGGGAAAGCGCGCGGAAAGGACUAAACACGACUUCCGGUGCCCAAUAUGCCCCUCUGCCAUUGGUUAAGCCAGUUGUUCGAUUUGCGCGCGCCGUCGUCAACUGACGUUCCCUUUCUGUUGCUAUAAAAUCAGCCUAUCGUAGUAGCAGAGUUGUUGGUGUGUGUGUGUGUUUGUGUUUUUUUUUUCUGUACUCACUAAACCUAUUGUUUUCCUGACGUUUUCGUUAACGUUGCCGUCUUAGUUCAUGUUAGUUUUUUAAGGCCCUCUAAUUUUUUUCCUCUCCCCGCCGGCAGGAUCUGGGACAAAGUAGUUUGUGGCUCCAGUAAGAUACUUGUUUUUGUCGCUGUUAGUCUGCUGCUGGUCUUCAGGCAUCCCCUGCUUAUGGAAAAGUCAGCCCAGGGAGUAAACACGUUUCUCAGUAAGGUACAGAACGAUUCAGGUUUUCAGAGGCCAUACCGAUAUUUUUCAAUCGCCUUAACUGUGGUUUUUUCCUAGUCCGAUCGCUAUAAAAUUUUCACCAGUAAUUGGCUAUAGAUUGAAAUUUCUGAAAAUGUAGUUUCAAGUAAAAUCGAUAUUACUAUGACGACAAUAAACAAAAAACUUUGAAAUUGAUAAAACCCGAAUUUUGUGUGAUCUAGACCAGCUACUGAAAAUUCAACACUAGGAACUUAAAGUUUGGUGUUUAGCAAAUAGCCUGCGUAAGAGGUAAAAAUUUCUGUAUGUUUGAAUUCGACUAAAACAAAAAUAUAUUUCAAACCUUAAAUUUUCAAUAGCCGUAAUAGAUUAUUCAAUAAAAACGUUAUAAACGACUCAAAUUAUUCUUAAGUAGGGUCAGAAUCCUGCUUAAUAUCAUAUUUCGAUGCUAGGAAAUUUCGGUGUGUUUUCUUCCUUGCGAUCUUAAAAACUAAACCGUUUUCUCACCACCUGUCUAAGUGCAACUUCAUUCAAAAUUUGGACUUUUAGCCCUUUUUGGUAUAUCCCUGAAACGACUCCAACGAAUUUUUUUAAAAUCUCUUCAGAUAAUCUUCAUACUGUAUACAAUAAUGUCUGAAACUUUCAUUGAGAUUGGUUCUCUGCAACACCUUGAAAUUUCAAGACAAACCUAUCCUACGAACCUGUCAAAAAUCUGCGUUACAACAUUCACUGUUUUGACGUUAUGCUAAUUUUUCGAAAAUAAUGCGCACUAUACAUACCUCAUGAUUAGUACAUUUUAGUUUGAAUUUAUCGCAUCUUUUGAAUGUAAAACAUUGACAAUACUCACACUGAAAUGUACUAGUAAUGUCCUCGUGCCACUCGAAAAUAAAAUUCAUAUCUUCGCGCCACCGUGUAAUGUCCUCUUUACUUAAAACUACAUUUUCACAAAUUUCAAUCUAUAGCCAGUUACUGGUGAAAAUUUCAUAGCGAUUGGAUUGGGAAAAACCACUUUUAAGGCGAUUGAAAAAUAUCGGUAUGGCCUGUGAAAAACUGUAUCGAAACACCUUAGGCCCAGUUCAUGAAUUAUAAAUACUUUAUAAUAUAUUUAAAAGUAUGCUAAACAGUUUCUUUGUUUUUGUGUUUUGUUUUUGGCAACAGUCGUUCCAUUCGACUUUCAUUGUGUGAAUUAAAUUCACCGUCUGAAACCAAGUCGUGCUAAUGUCGUGCUAGAGUCCAGCUACAGUCGAGCCAGUUUAGCUCGGCAGUAGCACGACGUUUGAAACAGCCCUUAGUUAAUUAAUGAAUAGAGCGCGACAUUUGACAGUUAUGAAACCGAUAAUCUAAUGGUCAGGCGCGGUCGUUAUUACGAAAGGCAUUCCUUGUUCGCUAUGUUUGAAAUCCAUAUCCUGAAAGCUAUUUUUUAGCUUAGCAUGACGUAUUUCUAAGCUGUCUUCGUGGCUACCGAUCCCAGGGAAACCAAUGAAUUUUUGAAUUUUUAUCCCCAGCCCGUGCCUGAGGACAGUUUUGUCAGAAUGGUUAGUAAAGCUAUGGAGCUGUGGGAUAAACAUGGAGCUACCGUGAUCUCUGAUGCACCUACAGUACACUGA